UUCUUCAAAAUCUAGGCCGUCAGGUGGUGAUCGUUGAUGUGUCAGGGGAGCACUUAGUCACUUUCAGCAUACUGAGAGGCGCCUGGACACUAUGAACCUCCACGAUUUCUUUCGAUCUUUCAUGGGCUUUCCACCGCGCAGGGAACCGAGUUCGGGAGACCCGCCGUACGCGGACAAUGGUGGUUUCGGACGGGACGACAACCCAUACGAAGGCUCAAUGUUCGGCGACCCGUGGGAUAUGUUCCGGCACCUUGACAGCGUCUUCCGCAACUUCGGACUGACUGAGUUUCCUCCUUUCCCCCAUGGAACCGACGUACCCGCUGUAGAAGGACAAGAUCCUGGCGAGACAGGCCACCUGCGUGAUCACAUGCUCAAAGUUCCGGACUACCGUGAGCCGUUCCUGGGAGCUCCAGAUAUGUUUCCUAACCUUCCCCCUGGACCUGCCCAGCCAGAGGAGGUUCCAUAUAAGGACAUAGAUCUGGAUGAGCAUGUGGCCAGGAGUGGCCUGGACAGCCUGUUGGCCCCAGUCCCUUUUGAGGCACCUCAGCAGGUUCCUGACUGGGGAGGCAGCAGCAGUUCACUGCGCACAUUCUCUUCACACAACGGGAAAAUUCAAGAACGCACAGUUGUCAGGGAUGCCCAAGGCAAUGAGGAAGUUACAGAGCGCCGGAGCCUGGGUGAGCGGUCUAUGAUUGUUCGUACCAUCAAGAGACCAGACGGAGUCACAGAAAUACAGGAACAGUACAUAAACAUGGAUGAAGGCGAAAAGGCAGCAUUCGAGCAGAUGUGGCAGGGUUCGUCUGCGAUUCCGUCUGACCACAGUAUGACCGAUGGAGCCAUCUUCCGCAGGCUAUUUGGCUUCCUUCCACAAAGCAGGUCGCAAUAAACAGUGGUUUUCGACCUUAGAAUUGCAUGUCUGCACAGAAGCACUACAUGUACAAUAGACAAUACUUAUUUACGAUGCAUGGUGGAUAUUAGAUUUAAUUUAAAAAUAGAAAUCCAGACCAUGUGAAAGUGCUUAUAAACAAAUGUAAAAUUGUGUCUGCAUUUGAUGAGAGAUUAAUGUAAAAAAAGCACUACUAUGAUGUGCUUUGGCUGAAUAUUUAAACCAUACUUGUAAGGCUUUUGUAAACACAAAUUGGAGCUACACCAAACACUGAAAAAUUAGCCCCGGCCUACCAGAUAACAUCCCCAGGUGCAACUCGAAGAUAUUGUUCAUUUUCACUGUGGAUCUUGGCGAAAAAUGUAAAUGUGAACUCAAUUCACAUACUUUCAGGCCUUGAAAUUAUUACUUUUGUAAGUUGGAAAGAUUUUACUCAUGUUGCAGUUGAGAGGCUUCACUGUCACUUGUUACCAUGCGUCAAAGGUUAGACGGUUGCAAGCUUUUGUAAUGAAGAGAAUUUUGUGCUUGUAUAUGCUAGUCACCAUACCUCCUUUUCUCUGUGCAAAAGCUGACCCACAUUUUUUCUUUUGUUUCUUCCCUUUAUAUCUAGCAUGUCUGAACUAACAUAAAAAACUGUGAUAUAACUAUGCAGUGUACUUUAUUAUAAAUUCCUUGUACUUUGCUGCUGUUUAGUUUAUUUAGAAGGCUUCAGAGGCAGGUUACAAUAUAGUUCUGUCACACCGGUGACAUUGUUUUCAUUUAUUAACACCUUACAGAUUUUGGUGGAAGUCACUGUGCUAAACUUUUUUAAUUAUAGCUGUAAACCCUAUCUUUGCUUACAUUUUGUAUUUAUUUACUAGAUGCAUGCCUAACUUUGUCUUUGCGGGGUUUAUGUAUUAGUGGUGGGGAUGGCACUGCUAUUCUGCUGUUUGGAUUUCACUUGUAUGUAGUUUUCACUUUUAAACAUGUACCCGUUUUAUGUGCAGCGCUAAUAAAAAUGCAUUUACUAUUUU